CCGAAGCUUCGAUGUCGUGGUGUAUAAAGAUGAUUGAAUGUUUCACCGAGUAAGGGAAUUGAUUACCACUGACUUUGUUUUCUUACUCUUGCAUUCGUAAGGGCGCUGUUCCAAUAUCUUCUUCAUUCAAAACUUCCCUUACGACUUUAAUCACGCCAAAAAGAAAUAUGGUCACCCGCGCGCAAGUCCAACACUCCAACGCCGCCCUCACGGCACAAACCGCGCCCCGAACGGCCGUCUUUUUCGGCGGGACAUCGGGUAUCGGCAAGCUCACUCUCAUCGAGCUCGUGUCCCUCGGCCAUCCCAUCCGGGUCUACAUUGCGGGCCGGAAAGCAACAGAGCCGGCGAUGAGGCCUGUCCUCGAGGACCUCAGACAGAAGAAUCCCCGGGCCGAGUUGAUUUGGGUUGAGGCGGAGAUUUCGUUGCUGGCGGAGACGAGGAGGGUGUGUGAGGUUGUUAAAGAAAAGGAGACGAGUCUUGAUUUUUUGUGUUUGACGGCUGGGUAUGCGCCUUUUGGGGGGCGGAAUGAUACCUCGGAAGGGAUAGAUGUCUGCCAUUCUCUAGAGUACUACUCCCGCAUGCUCGCAACCCUCCACCUCCUCCCCCUCCUCCGCGCCUCCGCAUCCACCUCACCCUCCCCGGGCCCCACCCCGCGCAUCCUCACCGUUCUGGCAGGCAGCAUGCUCUCCACCCGCAUCGACGCAACAGACCUCAACCUUACGCGCUCGUCACCCAGCAGUGGCGGCGGCAGCGGCGGCGGCAGCAGGCUCUUUGGCUUCAAGACGCAGACACACAUGGCGACCAUGAACACUCUCUUUCUAGAUAAACUCGCCGCCGACCCGGUCAACGCGGGAGUCGGGUUCGUGCAUAAUUGGCCUGGGGCGGUGGAUACGGGGAACAUGGCGCGGUAUCAUACGCCGACGUGGUGGAGUCCGUUCCCGUUGACGAACUUGUUGAAGCCGUUGUUUUUGGUGAUGGGGUUCGAGGAACGGGAGGCGGGGGAGAGGCAUGUUUAUUUGGGGACGAGUGAGCGGUUUGGGGGGAUGAAGGAGGGGGACGGCAAGAGUGGUGAUGGGGUGGGAGGGUGUAAGAAUACGAGGGGGGAGGAGGGCAGGAAUGGGCUGUUUCUGGUGAAUCAUAAGGGGGAGGUUUCGUAUAGUGAGAGUGCUUUGGAGGCGUUGAGGGGGGAUGUGCAGGGGAAGGUUUGGGAAUUGACGAUGGAGAUUUUGGGGCCGUUCUUGUGAGGUGCCUUUCUGUCUUCGGGGUCGAGGGAGGGUAUACCGGGACUUUUGAGGUAUGGAUGAGAAUGUUGGUGCAAGGCUUUUGUGGUCACGGCCGAGGUCAUCUACGCAGAUGAACUAUCUCCUAGUAUUAUCUUGAUGGACGAUGCCUCAAUAUCUUAAUCUGGG